AUGGAUCCCCAACCUUACUGCUAUGAAUACAAGAAACCAAUCUAUAGAAGUACAUUGUUCCCUGAACUUCUUUCUAUUGCUGGUCAAUCUGGAGAUGUGUCAAAAAGGAAACAACGGCUUAAAGCGUUUCUAGAGAAGAUGCAGGAGUAUGAACCAGAAAUGGAAUUAUACGAACUCCACGAAAUGGAAAAUAACUUCGUCGUAUCACGAGAACGUUAUAAAAAAGAAUCAGCCAGAUUGCAGCUAAAAAUGGUGACUAUGAUGUUAGUGAUUGCACUUGUUGGAAACUUACUUUACGAAAAUGUUUCGAAUGAUUAUAAAACUUAUGUGCACUCUGAUGAAAUCAUAAUACCUGAUAGUAUGAUACUGUUAAUAAUGACAGCAAGCGUAGUUAAAGUGUACAGUAAAAUGAUGUAUCCUGUAGCAGUUGGAAUGCCAUUUUUUAUGGUACUGCUCUUUAUGAUCCAAAACAAGCUGAUGGAUCUGCACGAGGAUUUCAAGAGAAUGAUAACUAGAAAGAAGACAAAAGAGUACCCAAACGAUAUAUUGAAUCAAAAGUUCAAGAUUAUCGAUUUACUGUUAGAGGAUGAUCCGCCUAUCUGGAAUCAUCGAGAAGUUUUGGAUCAAUUGAAUUGGAAAUAUUUGUUGUUGGGUCUCAUUCCUCUAUUGAUGGUUCUGGUCAUUCCAGUCACUGUUCACAUUGUGAUAUCCUUCAGAUUCAUUACCACUAUGGACUCCCAGGAGUUUCUUGCACUAAUUGCUUCUUUUGUUACUAUUUCUCUUAUUCUCAUAUGUUUUCCAUUCUUUUAUUAUUGUGAUUCACUUUCUCUUCGUAUUUACAGAGUGGUGGAGAUGGUAGGACACACUGCCACUGUGGGGGUUGGUGAUAGCUGUGAUGGCAGAGUUUAUGAUCGUUUUUGUUUCAGAUUAAAAAUGCGACCAAAACGUUCUCAACCCAAAUCGAAAAAACUGAAAGAUCGAACUAGAUUUUUCACUAGACCUGUUAUUGUUCAACCAGGGACAGUGACAGAAAGGAAACAAGGACUCCAACAAUCUGUAGAAACCAUGCGCGAAAAUAAUGGAUCAAUAGAGAAAAACUUCAUAUUUACACGAGAACAUUACGAGGAAGAAGCAGCUAGACUAAAGAUGAAAAUCGCAUUAUCUAUACUCGUGAUGAUAAUGGUAUGCUUUUGUAAUGCAUUAAUUUUUCGAGUAUUUAAUACAAUAGAGAUUCCUCCCGAUAAUUGGCUACCGGAAACUCCUAUUCUAGCUCUUAUGAUUCCAGCAGUACUUUUAGUUCAACUAUUCGGAGUCAUUUUGGCAUUUGUUGUGAAAGUCAGGUAUUUGGAUGCAAUCUACAGAAUCCCAAAGAAGAUAAUGGCAUUAUAUGAAAAGUUGAAGAUAUGUAAACCAAAAACGGUUACAACAGGAUCGAACGAAAUUCUGAGCCAACAGUUCAAGAUAAUUGAUAUAACCUUCGAGGACAAUCCACCAAUUCGGAAACACGAUGUAGCUUUGAAAAAAUUGAAAACGAAAUAUUUUAAUUCGAUAAUCAUUAUUCAAAUGCUGAUUCUUCUUCUUCCGUUCUUUGCACAAACAGUAUUCAUCAGCAGGUUUAUUUUGUAUAGAGAUGUAGACGAACUCGCCGCCCUGGGUAUGUCGUUCAUGAUCGUACCAUUUAUUAUUGGGGUUUUUGGCAUGUCAUUCGAUCUUGAAACGUUUUCCGAUGACUUUUGA